AAAUCACAAAAUGAAAUCAUUCAAAUUUCUCCUACCAAUCAUCAUAAUAAUAAUAAUAAUAAAGGAGAAGAAGGAGAAGAAGAAGAUGUGGGAAUGAUUGAUAUAAAUAACACUCAACUUGAUGAAGAAUCAAAACAAAAAUUCGAGUUCUAUAAAGGUCUAGCUAUCAAAAUCAAAGAACAAAUUUACACAGAAUCAAUUAUCAACAAAAAGGAUCUAAUAUCUCUUCUCACCGAGGUUUAUUUAAAUGAACCAACUUUGCUAUCUUACAAUUAUUUUGUAAACCUAAAACUAUUUUUUGAUCUUUUAGAACAUAACACAACUCCCAAUCUAAGAUCUUUUAUAUCAAAUUGUUUAUCAAAAUUUGUUUCAAAAAUUUCCUGUUUUAAAUUAGACGCUUCACAAUAUGACCAACUAAAAUACAUUUUUGAAAAAUACGUUCUACAAGAUUUUAAAGAAUCAAAUAAAGAAGCAAUAUUUGCUUGCAAAUAUCUUUCAGUUAAAUUUAUCAACUCAAUUUUUGACUACCAUGAUCAUUGGGCAAGACUAAUGAAUAUCAUAGCCACUUCAUCAAUCAAUAAAUUCGAUAUUAUUGAAGAAUCUAUCAAAGGUUUAAAUCCACUCUCAAAUAUUUCUUCAAAACCUUCUUUUUUAAAUUCAAACCAGGCUAUUGCAAUCAAUACCUCGAACUUCAAAUUUCCUUCUUUUGUUUCCUUGCUUGAUUUGUUUAUUGAAAAAAUACCUGAUAUUAAUUCUUCUCUAUUACACAAUUGUCUUUAUACUUGCUACACUUAUUUGCUAAAAUUCCUAAUCAUGAAUGCUGUACAAGGUAAAGACACAUGCAUCGUAAUUAACUUGGAAUGGGAAAAUAAUGUCGAUAAAGCAUUUGAUUUAGAUGCAAAUGUAAGACAAUUGGUUAAAAGUCACCUCAACUUACUUUUAAAUACAAAUAAUGGUAUAGUAAAUAAAUCAAAUCCACCGCCUUUAAUAGUUUUUUUAAACUUGAUAUUCAAAGAAUACUUUAAUUUCGAAAAUGACGAUAUAAACUUAACUUCUAUCAAUUCUUCCGAUCUGGAAAACAUUUUCACAUAUGGUACUGUUUUCAAUAAUAUUUUAUCUCUUUCACCACCAAUUGUCUCUAGCUAUUUUAUUCCUAAUGAAAUAGAUAAACUCUUAAAUUUCUUAGCUUUUAAUCCCAAUUCAAAUAACGCUGUUUCAAACCAAUCAAGAACUAAUAAUAUUUUAAAAAUACUUCAAGAUGAUUUAGUAUUACUUAUCUCAAAAACCACUGGCUUACUUAUUUCAAGACCGCAAUACUCUGAUCAAAAGAUUAAAUCAAUUGUUAAGAAUAUAGUCAAUGAAAUCCCAAUCAUUAAAAAUGAAUUUCAAGAUUCUUUUUCACUUCGAGAUAACCAAAUAUUUUCCGUUAAAUUAACUGUAUUAGCUUUUAUAUUAUCCAGAUGUUUUGCUUUAAGACGUUUUUCGGUUGUAUCUUUGGAUGAUUUACUAAAAAUUUUGAAUUUUUAUUCACAACUAAUGGAUUAUAAUCUCAAAAAAGAAAAUAAAAAAUAUUAUGAAAAUUUGUUAGAAGGAUUAGAUCAAUUGGCAAUAUAUGGUGUUUUAAACCCUCUCUAUUCUCAAGAUAAUCAUCUGGAAUAUACCGAGGAUCCCUUUAAAGAGAUCUACAAGAAGUUAUGUCUUACAGUCAAGAUCACUGUUAAAAGGCUCCAUGAAAAAUCUGUUGUAACUUUUUCUUAUUUAUCUUUGGCAUAUGAAAGCAUUCUUGAUACUGAAAAGAUAAUUGAUUUUCCGACUGUUAUCUUUAACGCUAAUAGUCUAAAAAAACCCGAAUUUGGGUUUUUUAGUGGUGAGGCUUUGACUGUUGUUGCUUGGGGAUGGAACUCAAAUUUGCUAAAUAAAAGCAUUGAUUUGCAAGAAGUUGAUAUUGAGGACCUCAAAAUUUUGGUUCCAAAAGUCCUGGACUCAAAAUUUAAUCUGGUUUUAAGCAUUACUUUGAACUCUUGUUCUAAAUCCAAACCUUCUUUAAGAAAAGCUGCAUGUCUUUGGUUGUUAUCCUUAGUAAAGUAUUGUGGUAACCAUACGUUAAUUAAACAAAAUGCAAAAGCAAUCAAUCUUGCUUUUAUGAGAUUUUUAGCAGAAAGAGAUGAAUUAAUUCAAGAGUCCGCAUCAAUUGGUUUAUCAUUAAUUUAUGAGUUGGGUGAUUCAGAUUUAAGAGAGUCCUUAGUCAAGGGAUUGUUAAAAUCAUUUACGGAUUCUACAGCUGCAGAAAAACUUUCUGCUGGGUCUGUUAAUGAAGACACAGAAUUGUUUGAACCUGGAAUUUUGAAGACCAGUGAUGGUUCUAUAUCCACUUAUAAAGAUAUUUUAAACUUAGCAUCAGAAGUUGGUGAUCCAAGUCUAGUGUAUAAGUUUAUGUCAUUGGCUAAAAAUUCCACCUUAUGGUCUUCUAGAAAGGGGAUUGCAUUUGGAUUGGGUGCAUUAGUAACAAAGGCUAAUUUGGAUGAUUUGCUUAAAUCAAACUCAAGCUUGAUCCCAAAAUUGUACAGAUAUAGGUUUGAUGCAAAUGAGUCUGUUUCAAAGACAAUGAAUGACAUGUGGAAUAUUUUGAUAACAGAUUCAUCAAAAACUAUAUUAUCUCAUCAUGAUAUAAUAUUCAACGAAUUAGUCAGAGGUAUGGGUAGUCGUGAAUGGAGAGUAAGACAAGCCAGCUGUAUUGCACUAAUUGAUCUUCUUGAAGUUUUGCCUUUGGAAGUCUACGAACCUAAAUUGGAACUUAUUUGGACAAUGUCAUUCAGAUCAAUGGAUGAUAUUAAAGAUAGUGUUCGUAAUUCAGGUGCUCAAUUGACUAAGUUUUUAGUUUCUAAUUUGACCAGAAUCACAGAUAUUCCUUCAGGAGCAUCUUCUUUAAAAUCAGAAAGAAUAUUGAAAAAAGUUAUACCGUUUUUAUUAGGUAACAGAGGUUUGCUAAGUGAUGCCGAAGAAAUCAAAACUUUUGCUUUGAAAACAAUAUUUCAAUUAUGUGAAAAAAGUGUAACGGCUCUCAAACCAUUUUUACCAAAUUUAAUUGGAGAAAUGAUAUCAAUGAUGACCUUAUUUGAACCCCAGGUUGUUAACUACUUAGCACUCAAUGCUGAAAAAUAUGACACAACUGCACUUGAUAUUGAUAAUCAAAGAUUGCAAGCUGUUUAUCAUUCACCAAUAAUGAAAUCAAUUGAUCAAAUGUUAGAUGUUGCUGAUGACAAAAUGAUGAAGGACAUCAUUCUGCAUAUCAUCGAUUCCAUAAAGAAAUCUGUUGGAUUUCCAUCAAAAGUUGGAAGUUGCAAAAUUAUUGUUACAUUGAUCUCAAGACAUUUAGAACUUACUCGACCAUAUGGUGAAGUUUUAUUAAAAGCAAGCACGUCUCAACUAAAACAUAGAAAUGAAACUAUUCGAGAGGGAUAUGCUCAAGCUUGUGGUUAUGUAUGCAGAAUUUGUUCUACUGACACUGUUGCUAAAUAUGCUGUAGAGCUUGAAAAUAUGUAUCUCAAGUUCGAUAGCGUGGAUCAGAGAAGAGUAGCAGCGAUAGCAAGUGAAUUUGUUGGAACCUAUGCUCCUUCAAGUUUCUCAUCUGUUGCUUCAGCAUUUUUGCCCUUAGCUUAUAUCGGAAAACAUGAUCCUGAUAAAGAUGUCAAAGACAGUUUCAACAAAGUAUGGACCGAUCAUACGGCUGGUAGUGGGGCUAUUAAGUUAUAUAUCGAAGAGAUUUGUACUCUUGCCAAAAAAUGUUUGAAUUCUCAGUCUUAUUUCAUAAAAAAAGUUGGGGCAGAAUCUAUUUCCAAUGCAUUGAAAGCUAUUUCUCAUCAUUCUAAAGAUAAUCCUUUGAGUUCUCAAAAUACUUUGAUUAUUUUCCAACUUUUGAUUGAAACUUCCACGGGUAGAUCAUGGAAGGGCAAGGAGUCGAUUUUGGCAGCUCUAGUCACACUUUGUCGAACAAAUCACCAAUUAGUUUUGUCUACUGAAGGACUAUACGAUCGUUUACAGAUGAUUAUGAUAUCCGAAUCCAAGAGGAAAAAUAGAGAAUAUAAAGAACAUGCUGUAAUUGCACUAUGUCAAUUUGCCGAAUUAUUUCCAAGUGAUACCAUUUAUCAAGAAUUGGUAAAUAUUUGCGAACCAUUAUUAGAUGAUGAAUAUUUUAAAGAAGAAGAUGAUGAUGAUAAUGAUAACAAUAUAGGUACAAGUGUUGAUAGAAACAACAAAGGAUUGCCAAAUGAUAUACAAUCUUUCAAGAAAUCCUCAGCAAAAAACUUAAAACUUGAACAGUUUAAAAAUAAUACUUUGAAAAGUUUAUCAAAUAGUUUUAAAUGUUAUGAUGAAAAGUUUUCACAACCUCUUUUUAUGUUGAUUCUAAAAUCAGUUGAACGUUUCUUUGAAUCCAAAGUUGUUAUUAUAACAUGGCGAACUCAAAUAGCUGUUUGUGAUUCUUUUUCAAAAUUAAUUGAAACACUUUUGUCUUCAAAACAAUCUUUAUCUAUGGAAGAAAUUGAAUUUUCGAUAUCCUCUUGGAAUACGAUAUUUUUUAGAUGUUGUAAUAAGGCUGCAAUUGAGAAUGUUAGAUUACAAGCAGUUCGUAGUUCUUCAAAGCUAUUAAAGUUGUUAAAUGCAUUAAAAAUUGAAAAUCAUGAAAGCUUCAUUAUUGAAAAAAUGAAUAAAAUGAGGGCUGAAGAAAGUUCGUCAGUUGUAAAAGUUGAGAUUGAUACAGUAUUGUAUAAACACUAACUUUUAUUAAUUUUUUUUGUUAUAUUUUUUUAUAUUUUCUAAACUUUUAUGUAAUCUUUAUAAAAACUAGAUAAAAAUAAAGCUUUUUUAUUUACUUAUUUACUUGUUUAUAAUUUUGUACUGUAUUUAUGUUUUAUGAAUCCACAAAAAAAAUGCAUAAAGUGAAUAGCACUAAGCAAAAUGAUAUAGAAAAUGAA